GACGAAUAAACGAUAUAAAAGUACAAGUGGGAGUGGGCUAAACAGACAAGAUUUGUGUGAAACAUGGCAUCACUAGACCAAGUGAAGCUCUUGCUCAUAAGAUCCAGUCCCUUCGCAAUGAGCUGCGCUCUUGCUCUCAAUCACAAAGGGAUUAAAUUCGAGGUUGUGGAGGAGAAUUUGGGUAAUAGAAGCGAGCUACUGCUCCAAGCAAAUCCUGUAUACAAGCAGGUCCCUGUUCUUCUCCACAACGGAAGGUCAAUUUCUCAGUCUCUGGUCAUACUCGAAUACAUUCAGGAAGCCUGGCCCGAUCCUUAUCCUUCUCUGCUUCCGCAAUCGCCCUACGAAAGGGCUCUUGCCCGAUUCUGGGCCGAUUACAUUAACAAAAAGUUCUUAGAAACUGGGCUGAAAUUGAUGAAGAGAUUCGGGGAAGAGCAUGAAAUCGCGCGGAAAGACAAUGUGGAGCAGUUUGUGACUCUGGAAAAGGGUAUGAUCGGCGAGGGCCCCUUUUUCUUGGGCGGCGAGAUGAGCUUGGCGGACGUUGCCCUGGCGCCCCUGGUUCCAUGGAUGGCCUCUUUUGAGGCUCUCGGAGACUUGAAACUCCCCGAUGCGCAGCAGUGCGGUCGUAUGCAUCGCUGGCUGGCCGUCAUGCGGGAAAAUCCAAAUGUUUUAGCUUCUGUUCCUGAGUCUGAUUGGCUAUUAAAUUACACCAUAAAUUUCAGACAGUAUAUUUCAGAGCACUAUCCAGGAGGAUUGUAGAAACUUAGGUUAAGCCCUUUUCCUCUUUAUUUUGAUGCCAUAUUAUUAAGAAAAUCUGCAGUGAAACCUGCCUAAGAAUGCUUAAGCAGUUUUGUUUCGAUCAUAAACUUCUUUUGAUGUUUCUGUUUUUGGUCAUGGCGGAAACUGUAUGGUUAUAUUAAGAAUUGUUUGAGCCGGCUCUUGAUGAUAUGGCUAUUAAAGAAAAAAGCGUGGUACCACAAAUCCAAUUCUAAACAAUGUCCCUCUUGAACUGGUUUGGAUGUAAUAGUUUUGAAAAACGGAGUUUGUUUUAAUCAAAUUCAUAUUGUAUAGGUUGUUUUCAUGAAAUAAGAUAAAAGAAUCGUGUGACAUCUCAUUGAAAUGUAAGCAGUUUUUUUUCCGGUUUUUCUUACAGACCAAAUGUAUCUGUGCAUGCCUAGCCGCUUGGCUGGAGAAAUUUUUAUUA